CUUGUCUCUUGCCCUUCGACUAUGAGUUGAAGGACGAAGCAUCCACACGGUACCAGUAGCACUCACCUGCAUAGUCAUGACCAUCCCCUUGACAGGCUACGCAGAUCGGCUCUCUGUACGGGCUGGCGAGACCAUCUCAUUUCAUGUCUCCCAUAAUGAAGCAACAAAAGCCAAGAAAAACAACAAGGUCCAAACCAGCGUGGUACGAGUGAUUAGCGCCGAUCCUCACACCAACCCAGGACCUGGCAUUCAAACAGUCCCCCUUCGUGAUGCGGAAAUUGACUGCGUCAACGAACCGGGCCCUUGCGUGACACAACGAGGAUCUCAUGCCGAACUUCCAUUGCCGCUGCACGCGUUGGAAAAGGACAUGACGUUUGCCGUUGCCAUCAUGCCGACGCUUCUUCCAACUGGACAGCAACAACAAACGAUUGCAUUCGUCGAAAACGUCUUGGAGGUCUACAUCAACCCAAAAGGGCAUUUGUGUGCUCAGUUUGGAACAAGCAGCAGCAAUACUACUACAACACUCUGCUGUUCCCAACGCGUCCUUCCCAAGAAUCACUGGAUUCAAAUCUAUUGUAGCCUUGCUCUGCUAGAGGAAGACGAAUCAAAGAGGGAGGCACUGGUGGGUUGGAAUUGGUUGACCAGGGAUGGCAGUGGUUCUUCUGCUGGUGUUUCCAAGGGGAGAAAAGGGGAGUCUGUCAAGGAAGAAAUCUCAUUGGAACAGAGUACAACUAGCGAGGAGACGACACUCUACUUGGCAGCCAAAAAGAGCUCCACACCAACACAACCUCCCAUGUGCAUCCAUCACUUUACAGGACGCAUGGAACACCCUUGGUUAUGGUGGACCACUCCUGUAUUUCCAGAGCUGCAUAUUGGAACACAUGCCGUCAUGCAGGCGAAGGCGCACCCUCCCGAUGCCCAAUGGCAUUUUGGACGGGGUAUUUCCACACAAACCGUGCAAGACUUUGGCCCACACAAGCUACACGGCACAGUCGUCAAUUGUCCUACGCGAGGCGUACGAGGAUCCAAUUGGAGUGGACGAGAAAUGUGCUGGCGGCAUGCACCCGAUGACUACGCGGCCAUUCACUUUCAUGCCGAAACGGAUCUGGCCGAUUGCCAUUGGCCCGUGUGCUAUCAAUGGAAGAUCCCAUCCGACAUUCCGUCGGGGAAUUAUGCCUUGUUGUUGCACACGGAUGAGUCCCAAGAAAACAUUCCCUUCUUUGUAGUACCACCCAAGGGCAACAAUAAUAAUACGAAGCAAGCCGACUUGGUCCUGGUCAUGUCGACAUUCACCUAUAUCAUUUACGGCAAUCAUGCUCGUGGGGAAUGGAUCGAUGAUCCAAAUUGGAAAUCCGCCUGGAAGGAACAAGCGCAACAGAUACCGGGCGCGUAUCCCUACAAUCCACGAGAACACGGCGACUAUGGCUGGUCGACCUACAACAAUCACGCCGAUGGCAGCGGCAUUUGUUUGUCGUCUUGGAAACGGCCACUUUUGAAUCUACGCAUCGGAUACAUUACCUUCCCCUAUCCGGACUGGGCCGGUUCGGGAUUGCGUCAUUAUGCCGCCGAUACUCAUGUGACGGCCUGGCUAGAGCAACAAGGGAUUUCCUACGACAUUGUCACCGAUUGGGAAUUGCACAACGAGGGUUACUCCGUCUUGGAACCCUACCGUGUCGUCAUGACUGGCUCUCAUCCAGAGUAUCAUUCCGAACAGUCCCUCAAUGCAUUUCGAGAUUAUCGCAACAAUGGCGGACGAAUAGUCUACAUGGGUGGCAAUGGCUUUUAUUGGAAGAUUGCAGUGGGCCACGGCAAAGACGUUCCCAUGUUGGAGAUCCGACGAGGCGAAGGAGGAGUCCGAGCAUGGGCGUCUCCUCCAGGAGAAUACUAUCAUCAACUCGAUGGUCAAUAUGGCGGGUUGUGGAGACGCAAUGGCCGUGCGCCGCAAGCACUCGUAGGCGUGGGUUUUUCGGCGCAAGGGGAUUUUGUUGGUUCUUAUUAUCGCCUACGCGACAACAUACGUUCCAAUCCACGAGUUGCUUGGAUGUUCCACGGCUUCGACGACGAGACCAAGGACAUUAUUGGCCAGCACGGCCUUUCCGGACAUGGUGCGGCUGGGUUUGAGAUAGAUCGGGCCGAUGUGUCGUUGGGGACUCCGGAACAUGCAAUCAUCUUGGCAAGCUCCGAAGGUCACACAGAGGAUGCCAAGUGGUUGCUGGUGUUUGAGGAACGGUUGACCCAUCACGGCAAUAUGGCAGGAGUGCCCGAUUCAGACUUGAUUCGGGCUGACAUCACCUUCUUUGAAACGCUCAGCGGGGGCGCUGUCUUUUCGACUGGAUCCAUCACUUACUGUGGCUCCUUGUUGACAAACAACUGCCAAAACGACAUCUCGACGUUAACGAAGAAUGUCCUGAUGAAGUUUUUGGAUCCAGAAUCAACAUUUGCCGUACCCGAUUAAGCACACUUGUCCUGAGGACAAGUCCAGCUAGCUAGAUCGCAAACAGUAACCACCAAGCGCCCAGUUUGAAACUGCUUAGAUAAACAUGAUGUUAUUGUACAUUGAUGUGAAGUGACGUUGAAGAGAU